UAUUAAUCACUCGUGAUGCAAGCACUCCCACCCAUUUCUGAGAACAGUGUAGGCUGUCUGAUAACUCACAGGCUUCAAGCUGCCCUUAUAAAGUUGUUCCACUUCUGCAUACUUCCUCAUACUGCAAGUUUCUCGGUGAAGAUGAAGCUCCUCAUUUACAUAGUCUUGCUGAAGUCAACUCUCCUUGCUUUGACAAAUGUUUUUGCAGUUAUUUUAGAAGAGGAAGAGAAUGCUAAAGAAGCAAAACUUACUGAGACUUGUCCCAUAAAGCUCAAAACUAAUCGGAAAUGUGAUGAAGGAGAGGAUUGUCCUUAUCAGAUAAAUUUGCCUCCGAUGACCAUCCAGAUACCCAAAGAAUUCAAACUGCUUGAGAAGACUCUUAAAGAAGUACAGACCCUUAAAGAAUCAGUAAACAAGCUGAAAAAAUGCUGCCAAGAUUGCAAGCUGCAAGCAGAUGACAACCAGGAAAGAGAGAGAAGUAAUGAAUUCCUGCUACCCAACACUGCAGAAAACAGCGAAAGCCAAGAUAACAGAGUACAGGAACUGCAAAGCAAAGUUAACAGAAUGGCAACCAGCUUAAAAAAUGCAAAGAGCCAGAUUCAGACACUGCAGGGUCGUUUAGAGAAGCUGAGCCUCAUAAACAUGAACAAUGUGGAACAUUAUGUUGACAGCAAAGUCGCAAAUUUGACAUUUGCUGUGAACAACCUGGAUAACAAAUGUUCUUCUAAGUGCCCAGCAAUGCAAGCGAGACCUGUUAUACAAAUAAUGCAGAGGGACUGUGCUGACCACUACACAGCAGGGAGAAGGAGUAAUGGAAUCUACAGGAUUAGCCCUGAUCCCAGAAAUGAGAGCUUUGAAGUUUACUGUGACAUGCAAACACAAGGAGGCGGCUGGACAGUGCUGCAGCGGCGUCAGGAUGGCAGCACUAACUUCAACAGAACCUGGAAUGACUACAAGCACGGCUUUGGAAACCUCAGCAGGGAGUUCUGGCUAGGCAAUGACAAAAUUCACCUCCUGACAAAGAGCCAGGAAAUGCAACUGAGAAUUGAUCUGGAGGAUUUCAAUGGGAUCAGAGAAUAUGCCAAAUACGACCACUUCUACGUGGCCAACGAGUACCUCAAGUACCGUCUCAGCGUCCACGGCUACAGCGGCACGGCAGGAGACGCCCUGCACUACAGCAGGCACUACAACCACGACCAAAAGUUCUUCACAACCCCGGACAGGGACAAUGACAGGUAUCCCUCGGGAAACUGUGGUGCCUACUACAGCUCUGGCUGGUGGUUUGAUGCCUGCUUGUCGGCCAAUCUCAACGGCAAGUACUACCACAAGAAAUACAAAGGCGUUCGCAAUGGCAUUUUCUGGGGUACAUGGCAUGGUAUUUCUGAUGGCAUUCCCACUGGAUAUAGGCAACCCUUUAAAUCAGUAAAGAUCAUGAUCAGACCCAAAAGUUUUGUGCAGUAAUUCUACACAUUUCUCUUAACUAGUUUGCAUUGGAUUGCACUCAAAAUUGUACUUACUCAGUAUUAUACUCAGAAAUCAAGUAUUCAGUUAUGUUUGGCAAAAGAUUGUUGUAGACAAAACAACAUACUUCCACAUAAUAUUUUUAGAUAUGGUUUAGCCCAUAUAAUGCAUUAAAACCAGCAUUAAAAUACCUGAAUAGUUAUUGCUAAAACUUAACACCAGUUAGGUCUUGGUUUUGUUAUGUAAAUAUUCUAAACAUUGCUUUUGGUGCUUUUACUGACUGUGAUAUCCAAGUUUUAUGACUUAAAAUUUUUAUAUUUUCUUCCACAAGUUGUGUCUGAAUGAAUACCUACAUUUUAACCUGAAAAUAAUUAAGAGGUGUAACUAAUAUAAAUUUGUCAACGCUUUGAAAAAAACCCUAGUUUCUCUAAAACAGUCUUUUUCCAUCGUCUAUCCUUCAAAACUUCAAUGGUAUACCACAGCAACAUUAAUAUAAAUUAGGAAAAGUAUUAAAAAUUAUUUUUAAGAACUAGAAAACAGAGGGCCACAUGGUUUGCCCAAAGACACAAAAAAAGGCUUUGAAGAAAAAAGAAAAUGAAGAUGAUUCCUCAAAUUUCAUCCCUUUAUCAAAGAUUUUUCAAAGUUGGUAGAAGAAUUGAAUAAAAAGCAGAGGAAAUAAUUAAAAAAUCAUCAAAUCAUUUAGUUCAUUGAGUCAUUUAGAUCAUUGAGUCCAGCUGUCAACACAGAACUGCCAAGUCCACACUAAGCCAUGUCCCUAGGUGUCACAUCUACACAUGGUGAGAGCAUGUAUUGAACAACAACAUUCUUGCUCUUUUUGGUUCCUCCAUUCAAGCUCAAGGUCCUAUUUGUCAUUUUUAGGAGAAAGGAGCCAUUAUGUAGCUUAUUGCACAUUUAUGCAGGCAGGUAGACAGGCAGGAGGAAGACACAUCAAUAAGAAUCCCCCAUAUUCUUUUCAUUAAUGCCUCUAAAUACAUACAAAGAGUUUCCAGUGCCAUUUUGCUUUCUCCUGAAUCCUUUAGGUAAGUUCAAAUGUUACAAGAUGCUCUUGUAGAGACUCAAGCUCUCAUUCAAAUACUUCUCAAUCUAGAUAUCAUUAGACCCUAAAACUAAAAAAGAAAUUAUAAAAGUUUUGUAACAUAAGACUGUUCUCCCCAUUUUUAGACUACAUGUUUUGUAGCCAUAGAAACAUAAAAACAUACUGUCAGUUCUAAGCAAAAAAGAGAAUAUAUGAUCAAAGAUUUUUUUUCUAAAAUACAAAAAAAAUCAAAUUGUCAAACAGUGCAGGAAUUGCAAAUUAGAGAAACAGUUAUUAAAUCUUGCAUUGUAGAUAGUGAGCACAAAUUUGACUGCACAUAUUGAGACCACGUCUCUAUAGUGACCAACAUUGAGUGGAGAUGCAAUUUAUCUUAGCAAGAGGCUACUCUACUAUCUUGCUUACACCAAUCCUGAAAUGCAGAAAAACUACACUAAGACUCUAUUUCUUUAUCAAUUAAUUGUGGUCACUGUUGGCAUAGCUUUUUUGAUUCAAAGAGACAUUAAAAAAAAAUAAUAAAAGUAUACAUUUGACCUAAUGCUUUAUAAAUAUGAUUGCUACUGUUUUUUUAAGAUUACAACAAAACUAUUAUGGUUAUAAGUAAUGCAAAUGAAGAACACUGGGAAUAGCUAAAUUGUAAAAUACUAAUAUAUAUUUUAAAGAAGUAAAUACUUUGAAAGAUAGUUCAAAUGUAAUUUGGUUUAUUAUAUUUCAAUUUUAAAGAGCAAUGAAAAGUUUUAACUGCAAGAUGUAUCAUCUUUGCUUGAGAAUAUGUUUUGAAACCAUAGAAUAUUUAUUUUGGGAUAAAAAAUAGUUGUCUAAACAAAACAAAAAAACCACAACUGAUCAAGUAUUGGUUAGAAGAGUAAAUAUCUAAUUGCAUAUGUUUAUAUUGAAUCAUUUUGCAUGAAAUGCACAAUUUGCUCCUAUUCAUUAUAUGAUAACUAGCUAAGUGUGACUUAUAGUAUCUGCAAGGUUCCACUUGAAAAUAUCUUUUUUACUACUAAGUUGUAAGAAGAGAAACUGUCCUUUUUAAAUCUUGUUUAAAGGAAGCUUUGUAAAACACAGAAAUGUUAACAGAAUAAGCAAAUGUGACUAAAAUCACCUGCAAAAGCUUUGUCUCAUGUCUUUAAAAACAAAAAGCAAAAAAAGGAAGAGUGUAAUGCUGUUACAGAAAUCUGAUUCUUACCUGCCUGGAACUGUUGUAGCUGAAUCUCUGUUAAUGUGCACUAGUUUUACAAAGUGUAACUCCAUCUACUUGUUGCAAACAUUAUUUGUUUUUUCUUGGUGUAAUAAAAUAAGAAUGUCCCACUGUUCAAGCUGUACUGCUGUCAUAGAUGUACAUAAGGACUAUUAAAAAUUCUCAAAAAUAA